CUGGUUCAGUGUUGUUGGAGAUGCAGCGCUAUGACGAUGGAGGUGGAAGAGCGAGUAGGGUUCAUAACUCUAGUCAGCAGCAGCGGUUGAUAAGGCCGGUGAGGAGGGUUCAGGUCAUCUACUACCUCAGCAGGAACGGCCAGUUGGAGCACCCCCACUACAUCGAGCUGCCUUACCUCCCCAGCCGCCAGCUUCGCCUCAGGGAUGUGACGGAAAGACUCACUCUUCUGCGAGGCAAAGCCAUGCUUUCCCAUUUCUCAUGGUCCUGCAAGAGGGGCUACAAGAAUGGGUACGUGUGGAAUGACUUGACCGAGGACGACGUUAUUUAUCCGGCCGACGGAGUUGAGUACGUGCUCAAGGGCUCUGAGAUCAUCCCUGACAGUUAUGAAGGUUUCCGGCGCAUUGCUACCGGCGGCAGGCGGCAGAAGCCACUCCCGCUCUCUGACAAAUUCCACCUGGAAUUGGAAGAGGAGGAAGAAGAUGAGGUAUUGACGGUGGAGGAAGGGAAAAACACGAGGAACAACGGUAAAUGCGCCGCGAGCGAUAACGCCGGCCGCUGCUCCCGCGGCGUGUCGACGGAGGGGACGGAACGAAUCGGGACUCGGAUCGAGAUGCCGCUCGACGACUCGUCCCCGCCGCCGUCCACGACCUCCUCGGACAAGCCCGGCGGCAGGAACACCUCCCGACGGUUCGAGGACGCCGAUCACUCGUCGUCCUUGCUGCUGCAGCUCAUCGCCUGCGGGUCAGCAGCACUGAAACGAGGCAAGAUCGCCGGCUCCGGCAGCGGGGCAAGCAAGUCCGCCCCCACCGCCGGUUCGGGCGGCGAGCAAGGGGCAGUGAGCCGGCGCGUGAGUCGGGCGACGGUGGCGGAAGUGGAGGAACUGCGGCGCGUCCCGGAAAACCCCCAGAUACGCCACCACCUAGUGGACGACAAGGAGUACUUCAGCGGGAGCAUCGUCGAGGGGAGCAAGUACUAUCUCCAGCCCUCUCUCAAGAAAUCCUCCUCCUGCCACGAAGAAAGAUCCUGCAGCACUUACUCUGGGAUUGGAGAAGGGAGGUCGGAGCUAGAGAAAGAAAAUGGAGGAGGAGACGGCGCGAGAGGGAAGUGCAUCCCUGGGAGGAGGAAGUCGUCUGCCAAGCAACAGUGACACAGGAAGGGGAAGCAGAGCCAAAGCUUGCAUGUCCUACCUUGCGAGGUCUCCCAAAAAUGAUUUAAUUAAUGCGCUGCUGUACUUGCAGUUUGACAUUUUUCUUUGGAAUCUAAGCUUAGAUUCUUUCUUUAUGUUAAAAUCUUAGCUGGAUUCUGUGUUGCUAUAGUAUGUUGCCGGGUUCCAUGUGUCUGCUCCUGUGGAAGACGAAUUGGGAGACCUGUGAGUAUUUCCAAAUUGGGCGAAAGAAGAUGAAUUCAGUGGAAGGGUAGCCUAUGGAAUUAGGUUAAGAUAUGCUUCAGAGAUCAUGCUCAAAUUAAGCCACCAUGUUAUAAUUAGUGUUUGCUGUCCCUCGAAUUUAUAUA